AGAUGGCCGCAGCUGCCUUCCAUGUUCCUUGCCUGCCCACAUCAAGGAUGGUUCCGGUGAUUUUUCUUUCAAACCUCGCUUUUCCCAAAAGAAAGAUGGCACCUGCGCUUCCGGUUCCGGCCUCUUGCUGCUUCUGGAAGGACUAUGGCAGCCCAGGAAGCCGCUCCAAGCAGCCAGUCAGAAGAGAGCUAUGCUUUGGACCUGCCAUCAGCGUGUGACAUAAGGGAUUAUGCCCUACAGAGACCCAGCCAAAAGGCCAACAGUGAGACUUUUAGUUCUGUGGACUCCCUUUCUUUUCCUUGCUCUUCUGAUGUCGAUCCAGACAGCAAUAACCUAAACAUCGAGCAAAAUGACUCGUGGGCCUCUGAGAGCUUCUGGCUUGACCCUUCUAUGAGAGGCCGAUCAGAGACCAAAGAAGACGACGAUGGACUUCGCAAAUCCCUGGACAGAUUCUAUGAAACAUUUGGCCACCUGCAGCCAGCCUCUGCAUCUGGCAGAGGGAAUCCACUCUCUGCAUCUGUCUGCCAGUGCCUGUCUCAGAAAAUCUCUCAACUAACAGGCCAGGAGAGCCAAGUGUAUGCUCUCCGCAGUUUUCAAAUGGCCCGAGUCAUCUUCAACCGGGACGGCUGCUCGGUCUUACGGAGGCAUUCCAGGGACACCCGCUUCUACCCACUGGAGGAAGGAUCUUUGUCUCUGGAUGAUGAAGAGCCAAUUCCAGGACUUUCAAAAGAUAUUAUUAAUUUCCUCUUGCAGCAGAAUGUGAUGGAAGACCCAUAGCUGGCGCCUGGUGGUGCGGGCAGGCAGUAUUGGAGGUGUAGCGCGUGGCAGCCGCUGCUGGUGGGCCACCAGGUCCCCUAGGGUCUCCUGCCAGCUCCGUAUGCCCAGUCCCAGCUAAGUGUUUUGUAGUUAAAGGCUGGCACGUGUGACCUGCUGUUGGAGCCAGUCCACCCAUACGGAGAGCCAGCAGGGUCUGAGAGUUUGAUGUCCCUGUGGCCACCCCACCGCCAACUCCCCUUGGCCAAGGCCACUGACGGACUGGGUUAGGAGUCAAAAGCCCCCCUUGCUUGCCUCAAGGAAAGACAUACCCUGAAGUGCAAUUUAUGCUCCAGAGCUCCCUCCCCUCCUGAUCAGGCUGAGGCUGGGACUUUACAUGAAGUCACACCCUUGCUGGGCUUCAUUCCUUGCCCCGUCCUCCUCCCGUUCAGUCACUCGUGUGUCCAGGAGCCUUUCCUUAAUAAACCUCUUCUAUCUGAGCCCUCCACUCAGAGCAUCCUUCUGGGAGAACCCGACCUGCGAUAACAGGUUUUUGUGAAAUGAGGUUUGGGAAGGGUACAAAGCUGAAUCAGGUAAAAGAAUGGCACGAAGUUGUAAAACUGAGGCCAAGGGAUUGAGAAGGUAUGUCCUAAAAUAAUAUACAGAUUUAAAUGUGGUUCCAAAAAGUGCAUCACAUCUUAGUCAUACCCCUGCCCCCUCUCUAAUGCCAGAAUUCCCCGUUUUAUCAUACUAACUGGGUGCGGAAGGAACAUUUAGACCAUCUAAAAUAACAGCUAAAAAUUCACAAAAUAUUUUUUUUAAAGUCUCUUUGUCUCCAUCAGACUGCAAAUGUGAAAGGUGAGAAGAAAGCAAAUGUGCACGACACACCAAAGUGUGUGUAAACACAAUACACAAUGAUGAUACAGUAGGUUGACGAGAUGCAGACUUGUCCAUUUGUGGGUGAAGAGAAUAAGGAAUCCUUUACCCAGGUGGGGUCCUCCUUCCUCUCGUUAUUUUUAUCUUCUGCCUGCCUGCUGCCAGCACUCUGUGUCACCCUUUGAGUAGCUGGCCCCUCGCCCCUUGCCUUGGUCCUUGCUCCAACACCGUGGGCUCUCAUCUGCAAACGCUUGCCCAGACUGGGGCCUCUCUGCCACCCUGUCCCCAUCCUCCAGGCCUGAGCCCUGCCUUGACAGGGAGCUCUUUAAAUAGCCGGUACAGGCUUGCACUGGCAGAUGCUCAGCUCUGCAGGUCGUGUCCUGAACCCCGGUUUGAGACUCCGUUGGUGGAAUGACAUCACCUGGCACCAGGCUCUCCAAAAAUGCAAUUGGAAACUGUGUGCUAAUCCCUACCUGGCCAGUCCUCCAAACAAAUUACAUGGGCUGAAGGGAUUAUUUUGCUUGUUUGGGGGAACAACAAGAGAAGCUGGCAGCCCUGUGCAAUUCGAUUUUGAGAAACUUGAGGUGAAAUUUAAUUGGCCUAAGACCCCAAAAGCUUCCCGGAAAACAGAUCAUGCAAAUGGAUCAGCCUAAAAGUGAACAUUAAGAGUGAGUGUGCUCUCUCAGGAAGGUCGCUCGGGGACUCUUGGACAGAGAGAGGCGCCUUUUAAAGGUUAAGAAUGACAUACUCAGGCUUCCAGUGUGAGAAGAUCUGAGGUAAGAAACAGGGCUCCAAACUGAAAUGCAGAGGUGCCCCUGGAAGGAGACCCCGAUGUAGGAAAUGGGAAAUGAGAAGGUCUUUGAGAGACACUUGGGAAAACAAGACUUCCAGGUUUUCCUCUGACAAGCAAUCAUCUGCAUCUUUCUCCGUGGGUGUCUCCUAUUCAACUGGCCCCCAAGUAAUAAUGAAACCAGUGGGACUUAUAAUUUAAAAUCUGACAACUAAAAUUGAAGGUUGCUAGUUUUAUUGUUUUUCUAAUGUGAAGUAUAUUAAUAGAUAACCUUGAAGAAUGCUGUCAUUCUUGGUAUUAUCCAGUCACUGAAAUAUCUGCACCUAGUCUCCAUGGCUACCAGCAGAAUGAAACUGGAUUUAUUCUGUUAUUUUAUACGGUUUGUAAAGGGCAAAAAAAUACAAGCUAUUUGAAUCUCCAUAUUGAGAAGCAGUAGCUUCUGUUUCGCGGCGAGAUUUUAGCACCAGAAAUUUUGUAACCCUCAUUAAUGUUACUGCUGAAGGUGCUCUCCGCAAGAGGUAAAGUCUGAAGGCAGAGAAUUUAGAAGUCUGAAAACCAGAAUCACCUUAGGGUAAAGAGUGUGGUGUGUGUUUACUUGCAUUUGAGUAAGUGUUUUUGACAGGUCAGUGCAAGAUAUUUGGUUCCCUGCAUCCUCGCUCCUUAAUUUGAUCUCUGUGAGGUUAGAAUGGCAUUUUCCAUUUAUCUCUGUGAACCUUUAAUAAAGACUGAGAGACAAAGAUA